CAAUCGCCUACCCUUGGCCAGCUGUCAUGUCUUACACCGUAUUGCACUAUUUCUCAGUUUCUGUUUAAUUUUUAUUUAUCAGUUUGAUUGACCGUUUCUACUUCCUGUAGCUGUGACGUAUUUGCGUCGCUACUUGUUGAGUCACAUUCACGUGUUGUUUUAACUGCGCACAGCUCGAGCUGCACCUGGCUGAGUUUGAAUUGAAGUUCAGCUGUCACAGGAAUAAUGAACACGUUGGUGACCAAGUUAGAGCACAAAUGGAUUAGUUUGACGUUGAAGCAACACUGGACAACAGCUAUGGCAGCUUCCAAGGUCCAGCUCUCCACACUUCCUCCAGAGCCUGUCAUCCCCUCUAAGAAGCCCUUCAAAGUGGAGCUGAUUGGUGGAAAGCGUUACUCAUGGUGCACCUGUGGACACAGCAAGAAACAGCCUUUCUGCGACGGAGCCCACAAGACCAAAGCCAAAGGCCUGACCCCGCUACGCUUUGUCCCAGAGAAAGACGCCACAGUUUGGUUGUGUGGUUGCAAGUACACAAACAACCCACCGUACUGUGACGGCACACACAAGCAGGACUUCAUUGUGUCUGCCCCACUACAUGAACCAACUGACUCUUGAACAGGAAGGUUGUCUUAGAGGCGAGCAUUAAUGAUGCUGUUGCGUUCACAUGCACUUUAAGAAAGCAGAACAAUCUGAUCAAUCAUGACAAGUGUUUGAACCUUGUGUGUUGUCAGUGUGUAUCUCAGUGCAGUGAAGAGAAUGGUGAUGAAGAAGUUAAAACCACAGUCCUCAUUUGUCCUGCUGUCCGUCUUUUCUAUGGUGGAGACAAUGUGGCAUUAACAGCAGGGUUGGAUGAUAUGAUGAUAUACUGUGAUGUAAGAGAGGUUCGUGCACAGAGGGAGAUUUUACCAUAUGGUUCAUGCUGAGAUGGCUAAAAAAUCUUUGUUGUAUUAGGCCAUUGUGGACAAUGUGCCAUCUUGUCUUCCUUAUAUGCUUUUGUUUAUUUAAGUUAAGAAAUAAAUAGUAUAUGCGACCUAACUGUCUGUUUUAAUGAUAUCAAAUAAAGACAAACUGUAAAAACUGA